UUUAAUGUCAGAUGGCAAUAAAGUAGAAGCUCCUGGUCAGGCCCGCGGAAAUGGGAGAGCAUAAUCUUCUUAAUCCUGGCUUUGUGGGACCUCUGGUGAAUAUUCACACCGGGGACACGUUUUAUUUCCCAAAUUUUAGAACCUCUGGGGGGCAGUUACCUGGCCUGCCCUCUCUCUCCUAUCCUAGAAGGGACAAUGUAUGCUCUCUGCCCUGGGCAUCCACAGAGCCCUGCAAUGGAUACCCCCAGCCCUAUCUCAGCAGCCCCGUCUCCAUUAACCCUUCGUUCAGCAGAGCCUGUGACCUGGCACGGGUGGAGGAGACCAAAUGCUAUUACCGGGAGGGGUGCCCGGAGACCCCGAGCCUGAAGAGGGAGGACCGGCUGAGGGACAACGUGCUGAUGCCCCUGGACAGCUCGAUUCACAAUGGUAUGAGCAGCAGCAGCUUCCAGAAAUACGAGUACAGCGGGGCAGAGCCGGUCCCCCACGACCCACCGUCCUGCCAGUCCCUGGAGUCGGACUCCAACUCGUCACUCAUCAAUGACAAGGCUCAGAGCGGCGACACGGUGACAAUGGCUUCCCCGACCAACCCGACCAACAACAACCUCCCUGCCACUGGAGCCCCCUGGUACCCCAUGCACACCAGAUCCCGCAAGAAAAGGAAGCCAUACUCCAAGUUUCAGCUAGCAGAACUGGAAGGAGAAUUUAUGGUCAAUGAAUUUAUCACCAGACAGCGAAGGAGAGAACUGUCUGACCGGUUGAGUCUCAGUGACCAGCAGGUGAAGAUUUGGUUCCAGAACCGGAGGAUGAAGAAGAAGAGACUUCUCAUGAGAGAGCAGGCCAUGUCAUUCUUCUAGACCUGUGUGGACAUACAUGCACAGGAAUCACAGAGAGCUGGACACAUGUAAAGCCUCCAGUGUCACCAGCUCCAUGUCUACACAGAGGCCACCAGCUAGACUGAGGGGAUGUUGGAAAGCUAUGGACUGCCUAAUACAUUCCUUCCCAUGCAGCUGCUGCAGGUCUUCUUCUCCUUGUCCUCCCGUGUUCUGUCAUCAUGUUUGGCUUUGUACUUAUUUCAGAAUCAGCAGAACUGCCAACAAUAUUGGUCAGUGCCCCCCCCCCCUUCCCUUUUAUUAAGAUGACUACCACUCUCACCCCAAAUGAACUUUGUUCUGUACUUGUGGAGGGUGGUGGGGUACAGUCUGCUCUCUGUGAGUCACAACAUGCAAUAUGUACAACAAGCUGGAGAUCUCAAGCAUUUCAAGGACCUUUUCCCCCCAAACUGCCCUAAAUCUAUCCUGCAGAAAUAGUCAGAGGUGGAAAAACAUGUUUUUUUAUUUUUAUUUCUCUGUGGGGCUGGCUGGCUCUGUUGCCUUGCACCUCUAUUGACUGACAGGCGACUGGCUGUCAUGCUUUGGUGCUAUUUCACAUAGAUGUGAAUGUCUAUAGGGAAAGUGAAGGACCCCUGUCGUGCGAUGAUGGGCUUGAAGUAUAUUUUCCCCAUCAUUCAUAGACUAAGGAAGUAGCAUAAUAAUUCUAUGUGUUAUUGAAAUAACAUAACCAUGCAGUAUUGUAUUGUAUAGUCACUGCGUCUAUACAUUUCAGAAUGUGCACAUUUGCUGGUAUAAUUAAACGGCGAACUGUGAGCUGUUGUUUAUACUCCCCAGAUAUAUAAAUAUAUAUACAAAUGCUUUUCCAUGAGAUUUUUCUUUAUAUUCAUAUAGGUUUAUCAUUAUGUAUGUAUAUAUUUAUUUUAUCGUAUUAUGAGUCCUAUGAGCUUUCAAAAUAUAGUACGUAAUGAGUAAUGAAGACAAAAGUGUUAAAAUAAAUACAGAUGGCAUUAAAAUACGAAUACCCGCCUUUCUGAUAGGGAAGCCCACCAUCAAGGAACAAUGAUCAUUCAAAAAAUAUAUUAGGUCGCAGCCAUUAAUGCUAUCCUAAACGACAAGGGAGAAUUGUAACAAGAUCCUGUCAAGUUUAAUUGACUCUUUAACACUAUUUAUACACCAAAGUAAUCCUGUUUUUGUGUGAAUGUUUAACGUGCUUUUUAAAGGGGAAAAGGGAGGGGGUGGAGUAAUUAUUAGGUUUCCUGUCAUUGACGGUUUAUUAAAUUCAAUAGACAAGAAAAAUAGAAAUGCAAAUUGGACGAGGAAUCACCAUAGCAUAGGAUCACUUCAAGAAAGAAAGUAAGAGAAAAAAAUUAAGGAAAGAAAGAAAGGAAAAAAGAGGAAGAAAAGAAAGAAA